GGCCCCAUUUGAUUCAAGAGAAAUGUCGUUGCUAGAAAGCCACCUGGAGCAAAUUAUGCUCUCAUCGAAUGCGAUCGCAGAACUACCCUUCCCCCAGCCACGGAUUUUCACGAAUGCUCUUCUGGGCAGCCAUGAUAUCACCGCCCUAAUUCGAGACACGGAAGCACAUGAGCGAGCUUUGUUUCAAAGCGACCCAACCGUGAAAGCUAGUAACUCCCAGAAAAGGGCCACAAGGCGAGCAACACAAUUCCAGCCGGAAGCAGAAACGGAAUCUAUGGCAAGUCGGAUCUACUCCGCUCGAAAUAGCAGGAAUAAUUCGGCAGUUGCAAGGGUCUUGGGCUCUGAUAUGAUGGACGAGAUAAAACGUUCUGCUCGAACUUCGACUAAUGGGAGUCGUGGUGAAGUCAACAUCGACGUCUUGCUUAAAGGCGCAGAGAUACUUUGUAAUGUUUAUCCUGUCGCUGGCGCUCAGGAUAAGAUUGCCAGCCUCCGCUACCGCAACCAAGUCAUUUCGGAGUCAAUCGCAGAGUUGGAGGAGCGGGUAGCGAGGAAUGCUUCAGAAUUGGAGAGCAUGAGCCACCUUCAUGAUGAUGACUACGACGAACUAGACAAUGCCAGCUCUCCGAGUGCUGGCGUGUUAGACGUUACGGAUGCGGACAUUGAGCGGGAAUUGAAAGAGAUACGGGAGCUUGAAAGGAGAAAGCGGAAUCUUGAGGACCGCGUCAACGGCAUGGAGCGCGAUUUGGGCGGCCUUUCGUGAUGACUACAUCAAAUAUUCUCAGUCCAAUUACUGCGCACUGAUACCACAACAGACACGCGAGAGAUAUACGCGCUGUCACGACAUUCUCUUUACCCAACAAGAACGCUGGGAAAUUCGUCGGCUCCGGCAAGCAGCGUUAUUGCUCCUAUCGAGCGAACGAGGAACCACGCAUCAACAAUCGCGGCACAUACAUCAGAUCGAAAUGGCAGAGGAAAAGCCCGUUCUCUGGUAAUUCUGCUGGGCGUGGUAUACUGGUGAUAGUCGUUGCCACUUUCGAGUCCAUGCUGAUUGCCAUAAGUGCCGCUUGAGCACUACACUCCGACAUAGCAUGCAUAGACAACGCCGCAUUGACCGAUAGUCCCAAUGCGGGAAUAAUUGCUCUACUCAGGUCAGUCUCGUGUAAAGAGAGCGAGUUGAUCCGUUGAUUCCAGCUUAUUGACCUGAUGCCAUGAAGACAACUUGUAAUGGUAGUUUGAUAUAGAGAAGCAGUUUAGCAUUAAACAAUUUUUACAUAU